AAUAUAUAAUUUAAGAAAAAUCACGUAUCAUUUUGCAAAAUUCGUAAUAGUUAUUAAGUCAUUGGUUUAUAUUAAUUAAUUAAAAAGCAUGUGGAAAAUGAUAGUUCAGAUUCUGUAGAUAUAUAAAAAAAAAAAUCAUAUGAUUUUAAGGAAAUCAAUAAAUCAAUAUCAACUGAUAGCUGAGAAGCCGCGCUACACGUUGCUCGCUGCCAAGAAACUGUACAGUAAGUUAUUUAAAGCAAUUUUUAAAAAUAAAAUCAUAUAUAUCUUAUUCACGCCUACAGAAUCCGGAUUACCGCUUCCCAUACGCUUAUUGACUCACAUAAAAUAAUUUAUAAUCCUUAAUGCCUAUUGCAAAUUUUGCAAAAUUGUACUUUUGUUCCAAAUGACCUACUCUCAUUUCAGUGUGUUAGAAAGCUUUAGACACCUUGUAUACAGCAUCUUUAUAUGUAUAUUAUUUGUAUCAUUUUUAAUCCUAAAAACAGGAUUCUAUGAUAAUUAUUAAACUAAAAAGAAUCGUUAAUAUCUUUUAGCAGAUGCGUGUGUUUUAUCCAGUUUUAUUACUUUGAAAGAAAAAAGAUAAGGAGAAUUUGUUAAAGGAAUCGUGGAUUUGUGGUAGUUCUGGAUAGUUCGCAAUUUUCCGCGAGAGGUCCUCGUUAUCGGUUACCCCCUUUCGACCCCUAACGAGACAUUUGACGACAACGACGAACGGUUAACCACGGGUGCGCUUAGAACUGCGCUGCAUUUACGUUUCGUCAUCAGUACAUACGGCAGUCGUCAGAAGUCUUUGCUAGCGAAGGAAAGCUCUGGAAGAUUCAUCCGGUUACAUACUGUGAAUUUGUGUUGCUAUCUCUAUCUCUCUUUUUCUUUCUAUAUCUUUCUUUUUUUCAGCUCACUUUAGCGUUUGUCUUUCAAUUCUGAUUCAAAAGUGUCAUUUUGCGAAUCUGUGAGGAAUCGAGUUCAAUUAUCGAUUUAUCAGUGUAAUUUCGGCUAACUAACAAGCUCCAGCUUGUGCUUGAUAUUUUCUCGGUCUUGUAUUCCGAGAGAUGGCGAGUUUGAAGGUGCGCGUGGAUUCUCCGAAGGUGCGAUACUCGGAGGACUCGAUUGAGGCGGAAUACGAAUAUCAGACUGCUACCGUAGCUGAAGAUAACGAUAGCGAUGAUGAUACUUACACGGUGACACCUACAUCAAUGAAAUUGCUGAUCAGGACUAUGAUAAAAGUCCCUAAAUUGGGUCUAAUGUUGGUAGGAUGGGGUGGUAACAAUGGAAGUACUGUGACAGCAGCUUUACUGGCAAAUAAGCUUAAAUUAUCAUGGGAAACAAAGGAAGGUCUAAAGUCUGCAAACUGGUAUGGUUCUCUGACACAAGCAUCUACUGUGAGAUUAGGUAGAAGCAAGAGAGGAGAUGUUUAUGUUCCUAUCUCCAGCAUGCUACCUAUGGUGAAUCCAAAUGACAUUGAAAUUGAUGGAUGGGACAUUUCAGAUGUGAACCUUGUCGAAGCUAUGGCUCGUGCCAAAGUACUAGAUGUAAACUUGCAAACACAGUUGCGACCCUAUAUGAUGCACAUGAAACCCAGGAAAAGCAUAUACUAUCCUGAUUUCAUCGCUUCAAAUCAGGGCAAGAGAGCAAAUAAUAUCAUCAUGGGUACUAAAGCCGAACAGCUUAAUUGGAUCCGCAACGACAUCGUGGAAUUUAAGACUGCAAAAAAGUUGGACCAGGUGAUCGUUCUAUGGACCGCCAAUACCGAAAGAUUUUCUGAAAUCAUAACAGGCGUCAACGACACUGCCGACAACCUUCUGAAAGCAAUCAAAGAGAAUCACUUGGAAAUUAGUCCUAGCACUAUGUUUGCUGUAGCAGCUGCUCUUGAAGGAUGUACUUACAUCAACGGAUCGCCACAAAACACUUUUGUCCCAGGCGCUCUUGAGCUAGCCGAGAGGCAGAAAACAUUUGUCGGUGGUGACGACUUCAAGUCAGGACAGACAAAGCUCAAAUCCGUACUCGUGGACUUUCUUGUAUCAGCUGGCAUUAAGCCGGUGUCGAUCGUCAGUUAUAAUCAUUUAGGAAACAACGAUGGAUAUAAUUUAUCUGCACCGCAACAGUUUCGCUCAAAAGAGAUCUCUAAGAGCAAUGUCGUGGACGAUAUGGUGGAAUCUAACAAAAUCCUCUAUAAACCCGGAGAAAAACCGGAUCAUUGUGUUGUCAUCAAAUAUGUUCCUUAUGUUGGUGACAGCAAAAGAGCCAUGGACGAAUAUAUUUCUGAAAUCAUGUUGGGUGGUCACAACACUAUUGUAAUUCACAAUACUUGUGAAGAUUCGCUUCUGGCAACUCCCAUCAUACUCGAUCUUGUAAUCUUGGCAGAACUCUGCUCUCGUAUUACUUUGAAAAAAGUGGAUUCUAACGAUGACGGAGAGUUUUUCGGCUUUCAUAGCGUGCUGUCUAUUCUUUCGUAUCUCUGCAAGGCUCCUUUAGUACCUCACGGAACGCCAGUGGUAAACGCUCUCUUUCGACAACGGGCCGCCAUUGAAAAUAUUUUACGAGCUUGUUUGUCUCUACCUCCAGAGAACAAUAUGUUACUUGAACACAAGAUUACAUUCAAAAUUUAAAAAAAAAUUCGGUGAAAGUGAGAGGGAAGAUAAGUUAGAUACAAGGAACAAAGAAAGGUUCUAAGUGAUAUUUAAGAUUUUUUUAGUUUGUUUAUUAUCAAAGGAAGAAGAAUUUCUAUAAAUUUUGUUUUUAGUUUACAUUUCUUUUGGUGUCAAACACUCAAUAUAAAACAUACUGUAAAAUCUAUCUUAUCAUUUUACUAAGCCGAUUUAGACUGAAAUACAAGAGAAUACCAGAAUUUGAAAAAUUUGAUUUUGGCUGGAUUUCCGAUAUUAUUUAUAUAAUAGCGCAAAAUUAUAGUUUGUUUA